AGAUUGUUCGUGGCCCUUUGUGUUAUCUGCUUGACUGAGAGCUAACUUGGCAGCAUCGGAUGAAUGAACAGUCCGCUUGCGCUCACAGCUGGCGCACCAGCAGAGCAAGUCUUUACGCGCACGGCAUCAUUGGCUGAGAACCCACGCGUGUCACAGAGAAGACGAACCAGUAAACAGCUUGAAACGAAGCGGCUAACUAGUUUGAGUCACUCCACUGCGGCGGCCGGUUGCUCUCAGCUUCUCUCCCGGCUGCAGGUUUCCGAUCGUCGGACUGAGCGCCUCUUCGCCCGUCCCCUGCUGGAGCUGUCCGCGGUGCUGAACCAUGAACCAGAGCGCAGGAGCGGUGCAGCACGCCCGGAGGUACUCGGUGGACGGGAAGGAUGUAGCACCAAUUGGAGGAGACAGAAACUGGAAGGGUAUCGGCAUCUCUCUUCUGGUUAUUCUGGUGGUACUCUCACUUAUCGGACUGUCCAUUGUUCUGCUGUCAAAAGAUGACCUUGGUAAGUCCUUUGGUUCGCAGUUGACGCUGGAUGACCUCUUUCAAAGAAACUUCCAAAUACAUGAUCCUGAUGCAAAGUGGAUCAAUGAUAGAGAAAUCAUCCUUCGGAGCUGGAGUGGAGAUGUUAUCAAAGUCAACACACACAAGAACGAGACAGAACUCCUGCUGAAAAACACAACAUUUGCAACUUUUAAGGCCUCAAAGUUUGCAGUUUCUCCAGAUCUGAACUUCAUUCUUUUGGGAUACGAUGUCAAGCAGGUUUACCAGCACUCGUACUUGGCGUCGUACCUGAUCUACAACCUAUACACAAGAGAAGUGCUGGAGCUCAAUCCUCCAGAAGUGUCAGACUCAGUCCUCCAGUUUGCCUCAUGGGGCAUUAAAGGUCAACAGCUGAUGUACAUAUUUGAAAACAACAUUUAUUACCAAACGGACGUACAGAGCAGCUCAUGGAGGCUCACGUCCUCUGGACAGGAGGGGGUCGUCUUCAACGGCAUUGCAGACUGGCUGUAUGAGGAGGAGGUGCUGCACAGUGAGGCCGCCCACUGGUGGUCACCCGAUGGCUCCAGACUGGCCUACCUCACCAUCAAUGACUCUCUGGUCCCCACCAUGGUCCUACCCCGCUUCACUGGCUCCCUCUACCCAAGAGGGAAAGAGUAUCCUUACCCAAAGAUGGGCCAAAUCAAUCCCACUGUAAGGCUCUAUGUGGUCACUUUGGAUGGCAGCUCCCUCACCACUGAACUGAGACCUCCUGACAGUUUUGAAAAGAGUGAGUUCUACAUCACCAUGGUGAAAUGGGUGACACAGGAGAGGCUGAGCGUGCGUUGGGUGAAUCGAGCUCAAAACAUGUCCGUUCUUUCACUGUGUGAUGUUGCAACAGGUGACUGCACGAAGAAACACGUGAUGACAUCAGAGAAGUGGCUUGAUCGCCAGAAUGAGGAGCCAGUGUUUUCCAGGGACUACACAACCCUGUUCAUCACCAUGCCCUUAAAACACAGUGACCACGGGACAUUCAACCACAUCACUAUGAUCUCCAACCAAUCUGAGGGUCAAGAGGUCACCCUCCGGCACCUGACCUCAGGAAGUUGGGAAGUCUCUCAAAUUCUGGCCUACGAUGAGAACACAAACUCACUUUAUUUCCUGAGUACAGAGGAAGGCUCAACCAAGAGACAUUUGUACAGAGUAUCCACCGUGGAUCCAUUUCUGAAAGAAUGUCUGACGUGCUCCCUUUUCAAAUCAAAGUGCACCUACUUCAAUGCUGUCCUCAGCCCCAGCUAUCAACAUGUUCUUCUUAACUGCAGAGGCCCUGGAAUACCUCAAACUACUCUCCAUAAACUGAAUGACAUGAAUGCAGAGCAAAAGACUCUGGAAACAAACGCAGAAUUAAGACAUGCACUGAUAAACAGGACCCUACCCAAGUGGGAAAGAAGAACUGUGCUGAUCAACAACUUUGCACUUCGCCUGGAGUUAAUUGUCCCGAGAAAUAUGGAUGAAACAAUCCAGCAUCCACUUGUACUGGUCCUUGACAGCGCCCCUGGUGGUCAGGCUGUGGGUGACCGUUUCUCUCUCGGCUGGGAAUCUGUCCUGGUCAGUUCUGAACGCGUCAUUGUGGCCCGUCUGGAUGGCCGGGGCAGCGGCCUUCAGGGUCAGAGGAUUCUGCAAGAGGUUUACCAGGGACUGGGAACUGUUGAUGUCCAGGACCAGGCCACAGCAGUACAGUACCUGGUCAAACUACCUUAUAUUGAUGGCAACAGAGUUGGAGUUUAUGGAAAGGCAUAUGGAGGCUUCUUGUCCUCAGUCCUGCUCCUCUCCCACAGCUCGGUGUUCAAGUGUGGCAUUGCUGUAGCUCCUAUAUCAAACUGGAAGCUGUUUGGGUCGGCCUUCGCUGAGAAAUACUUUGGCUCUCCAGUGAAAGAGGAUCAUAAAUACCGGGUGCGAGUGGAUGUUGGUAGCAUUUUGAAGAUUUCCAGUCUUCUCAGCAACAUCACAGUACCGGGUCCACUGAAUUUUCUUAUUAUCCAUGGCACAGCAGAUGCCACUGUUCAUUUCCAGCAUUCGGCUGAGCUGGUCAAACUGCUGUCUGCAUCAAAUGUUAACUACACUCUCCAGAUUUUCCCCGAUGAAGGACACAAUUUGGUCUCUGUCAAGAGCCAGCACUACAUGCUAAACUCAGUGCUCACCUUCUUCAAGAACUGCUUUGUGGAGGAGCAGCCUGUCUCCUCGGAGAUGUCCAAAGAAGAUGACUAGCCCAGAGAAGCUCCUGCGGGUGUGUAGAGUGUACUGUAGCAACUGCUGUCAUGAGCCAACAAAGAGGCUGUGAUUCCCCGAAGGACUGCUAUCUCCGAAAGCACUCCAAGAGCAUUAGUGAAAACCUACAGACAUACAGUAUGUAAGAUAAGUAAGUUUACUUUUGCUUGGAAUGGCAAGUCGGCAUUGUGAUUCCAGGGUCAUGGUGAUUAAAUUGUCAAAGAAAAGAUGGUAGUGUUGUUGCUGUAAUCUAAUGCUUAAGAUAAGAAUUAUUGUUUGAAAUAUUUGUAUAUCAUGUACUGAGUACAAAUGUCAGGGAAUCAAAGAAACUUGUAUUUUUCCAUGUUAGAGUCUAAUUUUUCUGACUGCUGCAAUCUACUGUGAAAUCAUGUGAAUACUUCCUGCAAACAAAACUAGUCCACUUAAAUUUUCAGCAGACUUAUAGAGGCCAUACCACCAAACAGUUCUUGCAGGUGCCUUUACCUCAUAACAGUUGUCACUACUUUCCAAGGUUAGAGCCAACACAGUGUCCAUAGCAAUACAAAGAAGACAUAUGACAUAUGUAUGUAACAAAGAAGCCUCUCAGGGCUGAGCAACAUCAGAACAUCUGCAUCUUCAAUAGUAGCCAUAAGUCUAAAUAAAGUACUGCAGUAUUUGCUGGUUGAAGGCAGGUGGAUAAAACCAGAAGGGGAUGUUACAGUGGGUCUUUGUUAUUGUUGUUGUGUCUUUUAUUUCUUGUUUUGUUUUUUUGUUUUUUCCUUUGUGAUAAGGAACUUGUGUACAUUUGUCCAAUAUAAAGUUGCCAUAAGAGGUACUUCACUUUGUCAUAUUACAGACUUUCUAGGAAUCAGAAAUGGAAUUGGUUCCAGAGCAAUAUGAGUAACACUUUUAAUAAUCUGCAUUGCAGUUAUACUGUUUGAAUUGUCACUGCACAUAGUGUUUAAUAUCCCAAAAUGUGAAAAAAAAGGUUUCAAAUGAAAAAUAAAGAAACCAAACUUAAAAAAAUAACACAGCUCAUGCUGAACUGUGCAGACUCCUGUUAAUACUGUCCGUCUUUGUGUAGCAAACAAACCACAGAUUGUUUUCUGACCAUGAUCCUGUGCUGAUUACUCCUCCGCACUAGCUGGACUCUUCUCAAACAUCUGCAUCUCAUUCAAUCCUCUACACCAUAUAUUAUAUUGCGUCCUCAGUAGGUGACAUUUCUAUACUUGUAAAAGUUUGUACGCUGAAAUAAAUUGUUAAACAUGA